AUGAACAGACCGCCACCCACCACUCCUGUCUUUAUCACGCAGCUGCGAUCUUUGCCCCUGCAUUCGAAAGUGCGAUUUCUUGGUUGCGUGAACCAUUAUGACGUGAAAACGGGCAGGUUGGGUCUUGAACACAAGUAUCCUCCCUUACAAUCAACGAAAAGGGAUUCUGCCAACAUUGAGCGGGACUUAGUCAAUACAAAGGUGUGCGUUGACAUUUACCAUGUCCUCAACACCAUCAAAGCAGACGAUCUCCAAGUUGGCGCUUGGUUGAAUGUGAUCGGAUACGUGAGAUCCGAGCCACAGACAGACUCCAACGAGGAUGAUCGUAAAGGUAGAGACCUCGUUGAUCAAAUCUACGUCGAGGCUAUCAUGAUCCACAACGCCGGCGCUAUUGAUGUUGGUGAAUAUGAGCAGGUUCUUGCCAAUAUGCAAGAAAUUAAACAGAGGUUUGAUCCACCGCAAUGA